UCGAAAACAGUGCUUUGUUGUUGAUUGGCGUGAGGGACUGGUUCUGAGCAUGUGGACAGAAAUGCAAGUUGUCGCCUAGCUAUGUAAGGGAAUUUAAGCAAACCACGACGACGAAGGGAACGGGACCAUCACCAAACGAAAGGUUUAAUGAGCAAAACAAUAGCCGUGCACGUGCGUUAUAAAUCUUUGUACAUUUCUUUGCGGUCCUCUGUAAAACAAGAACGUGAUAUGACCAGGUUUUGCGUAGUCUGGGGAACGCGAAUGACGAAGGCUAUGAUCAGCUUAGAGUGGUAUUUACUUGGUUUUGCAUUACCACGGUAAGCAAUUGGCUUCAAAAUACUGGCACCACUUUGUCAUCCAAUCAGAAGUAAAACUGAAACUAAUCGCAACUCGCUCGCAAACGUUUUCUCGCGCUUUGCGUCGGCUACAUGUAUUUGCUUUGGUUUUUGAUUGGUUCACUGGCUUGUCUGUGCCAUUUGUGAUUGGUCAGAGUAAUAACUUUGGUUUUCGUCUGACGAGACUCAAUCGAAAACUGCAGCAUGCUCUGAUUAUAUAAUAAAACAUAGUGUAUUUUCCUUUUUUCCAGAUUCUUACCUUAAAUCGAAGCACUUUAGAAGACACCAUUUCAGAAAAUACGAUCAAUCUUGUUUCUAACGAUGCUCAAGCCAUUGAGAAAAUGGGUUAUGCCAUUUUUUUACUUCCAUUUGUUCCACUGGACAUUGUUGCUUCCAUGGUUCUUGUUUGGUACUUAGUUGCAUGGCAAGCCUUAAUAGGAGCGUCUUUCUUCCUUCUUGUUGUUGCCUAUGGAUCAUUUGCAGCUCAUAAGGCUGGUAAGGUACGCCACCAAUCAGCUGCAGUGACCGACAAACGAUUGGAGAUAAUGAAAGAGAUCAUUACAGGAAUCCGCGUGGUUAAGAUGUACGCCUGGGAAUGGAACUUCAGAGACCUUGUUGCCCAAAUAAGAAGAAAGGAAAUCUCACUGAUUCGUAUUCGAGGGUUCAUAGUCUCCAGUAUCUACGCCCUGUUCUUCUCAAGCUCAGCCAUGGCAGGAUUCAUUUCAGUCACGACUCUACUUUUUAUGGAUACUUCGCUGACAUCGUUUAAAGUCUUUACUUUGCUUACUCUUUUAACUAACUUAAAGAUGGUAGUCACGAUCUUUAUAGCAGAUUCAUUACGCUACAUUGCCGAUGCAAGAACUGCAUGCGGUAGGAUGCAAAACUUAAUAGAAAAGAAAUCCAUGUUAACACGCAACAUGGACUACCAAGACAAGCCGUCUUCUCCAGAAGUUUCCUUCAGAGGCAAAGGGUAUGAACCAGAAUUUGCUACAAUUGAGAGCUUUAGAAAUGGAAAACCUCAUCCGAAACUAGGCCAGACAUCUCAAGACAUCAAACCACGGAUAUUUCUUGAGGACGUUUCGUGUUUUUGGAACCAAACAACAGAACUUCCAGCGUUACAAAGUGUUUCAUUGAGUGCUGCAGAUGGGCAACUUCUGGGCAUAACAGGGCCAGUUGGAAGCGGCAAAACAUCUUUGCUGAUGACCAUCUUAGGAGAACUCCCAAUCUCCUCUGGCAAAAUUUCUUGUAUUGGAAAAAUAGCCCUCGUCUCCCAAACACCAUGGGUCUAUUCUGGUACUGUGCGAGACAACAUCGUUUUUGGCAACCAAUUCGAUGUGCAAAGGUACAAUAAAGUUAUCGAAGUUUGUGACUUGGAGAAAGAUAUAGCAAGCUUCACGAAACGUGAUCUAACUGAGAUUGGACAACGUGGAGUGAUCCUAAGUGGUGGUCAGCGUGCACGAGUUAGUCUGGCACGCGCAAUCUACUCAGAUGCGGACAUCUACUUAUUGGAUGAUCCACUCAGUGCAGUGGAUGCCAAAGUCGGUAAACAUUUGUUUGAUAAAUGCAUCAAAGAGUUCUUAGACGGGCGAAUGCGUAUUCUGGUCACUCAUCACUUACAGUUUCUGAAAGAAACAGACAGCAUUGUUGUCCUGCAGAAUGGCUCCGUUAUCUGUGAAGGAACGUACAGUCAAAUAGAAAAGGACAAACAAGUUGCUUCUUGCUUUGUAUCUCAAGAAAAGAAAGAUUUCAAUGGCGAGCAAAACAAUGACGAGAGGUUUUCGGUAUUCAGUGAAGAUACCUUGAAAUCGAUGAGGUCCACUAGAGAACACCAUGAUAGGGUAGAUCUGGAAGAUGAAGCGGAAGACAGAAUGGUUGGAACCGUUAAGUGGUGGUUGUACUGGAAAUACUUACGAGCUGCGCUCCCAACGAUUUUGAUAAUCAGACUUAUGGUUUUCUUCGCAAUUGUUCAGGUGUUCUUGAUAGCGCCCUUCUGGUGGCUGUCUCGGAUGACUGAGAUGCCAUUUGGACAACAGAAGAGUCACACAACGCUUUUGGUGUACGGAUCCAUUGUUACGGGCUCCUUGCUUCUUACGCUAAUAUCCUCGUUCUGUUUCUACCUCGCUGCUCUGAAAGCUUCAGAAAACCUCCAUGACCAGAUGACAAAAGCAGUUAUGAAAGCACCAGUGCUAUUCUUUGACACUAAUCCGGCAGGUCGCAUCUUAAACCGUUUCUCUAAAGAUGUUGGGUGCAUGGACGAUAUCCUUCCAGGAGAAUUCCUUUUUGCCAUUCAGUUGUGUCUAUACUUUUUCAGUGCUACCAUACUUUCAGCAGUAGCAAAUGUGUGGCUUUUUAUCACUUGUACACCUUUGACGCUUUUGUUUAUGUACCUGGCUAAGUAUUACUUGAGAUCCGCUCGUGAGAUCAGGCGACUUGAGGCGAUAACCUGCAGUCCAGUGUAUUCCCAUAUUGCUGAUAGCUUGGCAGGAUUGGAGAUAAUUCGAUCAUCCGAGAUG